AUGCACUCUUUAUCCUUUUUCCUCUCAAAGUCUAACAAAGACGACACGACUUCGACACGAGUGGCGCGGGAUCGACACGACACGCGCUUUCAGAUGCACGGAGGAGGUUUAGGGCGCAAAAGCUUAUACUAUCCAUAUAAAAGCACCCACAAAUCAGUUUAUUUAAAAUUUAGAAGACUAUUAGACUAUAAUUAUGAAGAUUGGGAGCCUACCACAUCAUUUUACUUACCUGAUUUUAAUCAAACUAAUUCCACACAUGACGUUUCUAAAAUAGCAACUGUUACAGAAACAGUCUCCCGCACUGUACCUGACGUUACUAUAACAGGAGAUACUUUAUCUACUAUAAAUACGACGCUCCCAAAAGAUAAUUUUACAGCUAAAAGUAACAUAACAGUAACAAAAGAUACUUUAACUACAAUAAAAAAAGUUGUAAAUACAACAACUAAACAAACAUUUGUAGAAACCACUACAAAAGUGAAUCUAACAGAAGUUGUUACAACGAUAUCUGAUGUAACCAAUGUAACGAAUAUAAUAUCAAAAGAAACUAUUGCUAGUAAUAUUUCAGUUUUAGAAUUAAAAAAUACGACUACAACAGGUUUGAAUGAAGCUGAAGAUCUACUUAAAGAGUUACUGUCAUCGACGUCUAGUCCUGUGACUACACACGUUGUUUCUCCUCCAACUAUCGCUAUGUAUUCUCCCGGGACGGUUUCAGAUAGUGGACCCCCGCAUGUUAUAGAAAUUUCUACUCCAAAUCCAAUUCUUGAAGACAUAAAGGAAUUACAUCGGAAGGACGGAUAUUUUACGGCAUCUUUAAUCAUGCUUUUGCGCAUCCUGUUGACGUUCGAGAGAUCUUACAUAAGAACUUUACUGGGCACUUUAGAAUUCGAGUUAGAAAGGCGAGAUAGAGAGAAUCUUUUAACCAUUUUUGGAGGAAAACCAACAGAAGUGUUUCUAUCUGCCAUACAAAUAUUGGUGCCCGAGCCUUUGGAUGUAAUGCAAAGUCAGCUGUCCUAUGUCAUAUAUGCGUUAGAGAAUAGAAAUUCUAUGUUCAAAGAAGACAUCAACAGUUUAUUAGAUAUCACUAAUACUGUAUACUUACAAAGUGAUGCCGAAGAUAUAGCAACGGUUCUUGCAGACUUAAAAUCUUUCCCAAAUUCUUCUUCAGCUGAAGUUUUAAUUAACGGUUUAUUAAAAACAUUUGUUACUGAACCAUUCGUGAGGCUUCAUGGUUCAGUACGGGAGAAGUUGAUGAUAGCUGAGAUAAAUGACAUAAUAGAACAUAGGUUUGGGGAGCACAUAUUUAAUCGACGGAUGGGGUUGAUGGGAUAUGGGUCAACUGCUUUAUUCAUU